CGAGAGUCUUCCUGUGUGUUUGAGCAGCGGUGUUUGGUCAAACUCAGGAGUUCGUGUUCUCGCAGGAUGUGGUGAGCGCGAGAGGUGGUGCCGCUCUCAGCUCGCGCGGUGACGGUCGGGACAGCGAGACGUGGCUCGGACAGGAGCUGGAAGACUCGAGCGAGUUAAAGUUCGUUGGGAAGGGCGGAAAAUCUCGGGCCGACGGCCGCUCCAUACAUAACGACAAGGUCGGGUGGGGAGGAAUUUAGGGAGCAGUGUUGAUCCAGUCAACUGCGCUCCUGGGAAGAGCCCGGAAUCGAGCGACGCGUCUCGUUGUUUUCUGACAGAUUUGUAAACCGUUGAGAUGUUUCUGUAGAAGCUCUCUUAGUUGUUUAGUUUUUACUUUUAUUGUUUGUUUUGGAUCUGUGUAACUUUGGAGAUGAGUGCGUCAGUGAACGGAGUGGAACCCAAACCCGCGCCGGCGGCCAGUCUGAACGGACCGGGUUCUGUUCCUCCGAGCCCCACCGAUGUCAAAACACCCGAGCCGGUGCUACCGGACGAAGAGCCGCAGUCCACGGUAACAGACGCCACGCAGAUGGGAAUCAAGUUCGCCAAGACAUUCCUGCUGAUUUUCCCCAUAUACGUGCUGGGAUAUCUGGAGUUCAGCUUCAGCUGGGUCCUCAUCGUCCUGGCAGCGCUGUUCUGGCUCAGACGGAACCAGGGCAGCAGAUUCGCUCCGGUGAACCGGGCGCUGGCGUUUCUGGAGCAGGAGGAGCGAGCGGUGCGUCAGAGCGUCCGGAGCUCAGAGCUGCCGCCGUGGGUUCAUUUUCCAGAUGUGGAGAGAGUGGAGUGGCUCAACAAGACUGUACAUCAGAUGUGGCCAUAUAUUUGUCAGUUUGUAGAUAAAAUCUUCAGAGAGACCAUUGAACCCGCUGUGCAGGGAGCCAAUGCGCACCUUAGUACAUUCACAUUCUCAAAGAUAGACAUGGGGGACAAGCCUCUCAGGGUGGAUGGAGUGAAAGUUUAUACAGAGAAUGUGGAUAAACGACAGAUUAUUAUGGAUCUACAGAUCAGUUUUGUCGGAAACACUGAAAUCGAUGUGGAUAUUAAGAAAUACUAUUGCCGUGCAGGAAUCAAGAGCAUACAGCUUAAUGGUGUGUUGAGGGUCAUCAUGGAGCCACUGCUAGGAGAUAUGCCACUGAUUGGUGCACUGUCUGUGUUCUUCCUCAAGAAACCUUUGCUGGAUAUAAACUGGACAGGUCUUACAAAUAUGCUGGACAUCCCUGGAAUAAAUGGUCUGUGUGACAGCAUUAUUCAGGAUAUCAUAUACAGUUUUCUCGUGCUGCCAAACAAAAUCACUAUUCCACUUGUAAAUGAUGCACAGAUUUCCAAACUCCGCUUCCCUAUGCCAAAGGGUAUUCUGCGGAUUCACUUUCUGGAGGCACAGGACCUGGUGGGGAAGGACAAGUUUCUGGGUGGCCUGAUAAAAGGAAAGUCAGACCCGUAUGGUGUCAUUAAGCUGGGCAAUCAGCUCUUCAGAUCCAAAAUCAUCAAAGAGACAGUUAAUCCUAAAUGGAACGAGGUUUAUGAGGUAUUUGUGCACGAUCACCCAGGACAGAAUGUGGAGAUAGAGCUGUAUGAUGAGGACCAUGAUAAAGAUGAUUAUUUGGGAAGCCUUACCAUCAAUGUAGAUGAACUAGAGAAGGAACGCAAAGUAGAUGAGUGGUUUGUACUUGAUGAUGUUGCUACAGGAAAGCUUCACCUGAAAAUUGAAUGGCUUUCUCUUCUCCCUACACCUGAUAAACUCGAUGAGGUUUUAAGCAGCAUUAAAGCAGAUAAAGGGCAAGCCAAUGAUGGACUGUCAUCAGCAUUACUGUUGGUGCAUCUGGACUCAGCCAAAAAUCUGCCACGCAAUCCUUUAGAAUUCAACAAUGCGGGUCUGAAGAAGGGUACAGUCAAUAAAGCCAUAAAGUCUGGUAAAAAGGUCUCCAGUGUGCCCAGUCCAUUCGUCCAGUUUACCGUGGGACACAAAUCCUUUGAGAGCAAGACAAGAUAUAAAACCAAUGAGCCGCUUUGGGAGGAGGCCUUCACAUUCCUGAUCCACAAUCCAAAGUGUCAAGAACUUGAAGUGGAGGUAAAGGAUGAGAAGCACGAGUGUUCCCUAGGGACGUUUUCUCUUCCUCUGUCAAAGCUGCUGCAGGAGGAUCAGAUGACCAUCAGUCAGCGAUUCCCACUCAGGAACUCAGGACCCGGCUCUACGCUUAAGAUGAAGAUGGCACUUAGGAUUCUCUCUGUGGAUAAGUUGGCAGUAUCAGAUCAGCCAUCCUCAGUUCAGAUCCGCCGCCCCAGCGAGACCCCCAACGCCUCUCCUCAGCGGCCCAAUGUUUCAGAGCCCAUCCCAGUAUCCAAAACCCAGCCGCCGACCCCAGCACCCAGAACCCAACCCUCCCUGCGGGUGGAGCCCCUAAUAGACAGCAGCCCAUUAGUGGACUCACCUACCCGUCUGGCUAAAUCGGGGCGGAGCACGUCUAACCUGGCCAUCUCUGGCUCUCAGCUACACCUAAACAGCAAAGAGCCGACACCCAGCAUAGCAUCUGACAUCUCUAACCCCAGCACCACCCAGGAGCUCCAGAAAACUAUACAACAGUUACACAAUGGAGCCUCACCUGGUUUCGCUCCAUUGGGUGAAGUUCAGUUAACCAUCAGACACAGUCCCCAAAGAAACAAACUAAUUGUCGUGGUACACGGCUGCAGGAAUCUGAUUUCUUCUACUGAAAAUGGUUCUGAUCCAUAUGUCCGUUUGUAUUUGCUGCCUGAUAAACGACGCUCUGGACGCAGAAAAACAAACACGAUUAAGAAAACAGUAAAUCCGGUCUAUGAUCAAACGUUUGAAUUCAGCGUGUCACUUGUGGAGUUGCACAGACGAACACUAGAUGUGGCUGUGAAGAAUGGAGGAGGAAUUCUGUCAAAACACAGAGGGCUUCUGGGAAAGGUGUUAGUUGACUUGACCUCUGAGGAUAUAUCAAAGAGCUCAACGCAAUGGCAUGAGCUUUCGGUGGACGGGCUGAGGCGACAGUCCCCUUAAUCAAAGGAACCAACUUCUUUCUGCCUACACAUACUGUAUUACAAAAAACUACAAACCCCUACGCAAGACUCCAAACCUAUUUAAGCCAUGUGUUUUAGCCUUGGGCAAAAUUUUAUCACUUUUAAUAGAUUUACAGUGUGAAAGAAGAAAAAAAAAAACGCUAUUGAUGUUAUGUGCACUGACUUAGCAAGAAUGAAAGAGAGAAUGAGAGUGUUUAGAGUUUUUUAAAGUUAAAAAGGGAUACGGUUCAGCGGCGUCUGUUGGAUUGAUUAGUUGUUUACGCAUUAAGACAUCUAAACCAAGAGUGGCAAACUCUAACAACAUCCGCCAUUUAGACAUUAAUGGUGGAGAGAUUAUAUAAUACAUAUAUAAUUAAGCUCAGACUGUAAAUAUAUACAAAUAAAUCUUAAAAAGAAAUUAUAGUAUUGUUUGAUAAAUAUUAACCCUAAGAGUUCUUGUUAAACAAGCACUGAACUCUUUGAAAGUGUUAUAUAUUAUUAUCUCUGUUAAUGCCUAACGAUGCUCCUUUUAGGAGACAAUAAUUUACCAAAGAAGUACGAGACUCAUUAUAAAGUGUGUGUAAGUGUGUGAUUAAACCAAAUAUUCACCUAAAUGUUUUACACAAGUGUUCAUACAUACAUACAUACAUACACACACACACACACACACACACACACACAAGUGUUAUGUGUUUUCUGGUGUGGUUCAGCAUCCACCAUCACAGCACUGGCUGACAGUGUUUAAACAUGCAUGGGCAGCUACAGUGUCACAUGACCCUGGAUAUCUAAUGCUGCCAUAUCUCUGUAUCUUGUUUGGCCUUACUGUAGCACUUGGUCACAUAUUCACUCCUUCAAAAACACCUGCUCACCUCUCACCCAUUGCAUCCCAGCUGUGCUUCCUCAGUCAUCUGCAUCUCAGAGUUAUAGAAAAUGUCUCGUGUGUAGUCUGAUAUUAAGUGAAGGUUGUGGUUUCGUCUGCUGCAGUGUCACUGAGCUGAGCUCAUCAUACGCAGAUGGUCAAUCCUCAAACUGUUUUGAUUUUAUUCCUGUCAGUAAGAAUGUGUUUUUAUUGUUUAAAUUAUUGUGAAUAUUAUGACAGAUUUUAUUAUGCUUAUUAUUAUGAUUAAUACUUAUCACAAAAAGCAAACGUAUGCAGUCAGAGCAACUCUCUGUGCUGAGCUUGCCUUAUAGACGUAUACUGUAUAUACAUUUCCUGUGCCUUAUGACCAACAAUAUACUUACUUUAGAGGAUAUUUGGCAUCAGAUAUUGGAUUGUAAAGUCUCUGUAUUUGAUGAUGUCCACUGUUUUCUUUUCAAUAAACAAUUUAUUCUAUACCUGUAAA